AUUUGUAUGUGACUCCUCAGUGCAGUCACUCGGACCUUGCUCUCCCAUUGCCCUUUGGUGCGUGUCUCGGUCAUUCAGCCAUUCACCAGACGUCCUGAGUGUAAUACAUGGAGUCGUCCUGCGCCAAGUGCAGCAGUAGCAUUGCCGCCUCCGACCAAUUCUGUAUCUAUUGCGGCACCGCCGUCGACCGUACUGAGGCUUCGACCACCGCCGUCGACCGGACAGAGGCUUCGACCACCGCCAGUGUCGCGUCACCCGUCGUGGAACCUGUGGUGGCGGAAGCUGUACCCGUCCCAUCGCCCCCGGCGUCGGCGCCGACUCCCGCCCGUGUUCAGUCCUCGUCUAACCCGACGGCGGCCAAUGUUCCUUCACCGCCCAAAUCCGCACCUGCCACGUCCGUGCGCGUGGCGGAGAGCAUGCGGAAGAUAUCCAAGUCCACCGAGGACCGCCGUGACUCGAUCGACGGGUAUGCCCACAACGAAAGCUCGCUCGCUCAAAUCGCCGACCUGCAACGCCUGUGGGUCCCAGAUGACUUCUCCAGCGACUGUAUGGACUGCGGCAAGACGUUUGGCUUUCCACAACCCCGUCGCCAUCAUUGCCGCGUGUGUGGCCAGCUGUAUUGCCGCGACUGCGUCUCCAACAAAUGCACAAUUCCGUCCUCGUUUGGUUAUGCCGACAAGCCGCAACGAUGCUGCAAAUCCUGCACGAUUUCGCUCCAAAUGAAAGCCAUUAAAACUCCCGCCGAUGUGUUUUCCCAGCGCGAACAAGCCCAAACCCGCGCCGCACCCACUCCCAAGGGCGCAUCGUCGUCUGCUGCCUCGGUCCGCGCCGCUCCUCCUGCGAGCAUUCGCGCCGCCGCGUCGACCGUCAUCGCGACCAACCGCAUCAAGUCCACUGCAAACGACGCGUCCAGUGGCGUCAACCUCAACGACUUUGCGUCCAAGAACCCGACCCAAGUCGCCCGUGCGGAACAAAAGGAGUGCCAGAUCUGCUUCCGGCAGUUCGCGCUCGGCCGUCGCGCAAACCAUUGCCAGCGCUGCACCCGAUCCGUGUGCAACGGAUGCUCCCAAGGCCAAAAGCCCAUUCCCGAGCUCGGGUAUGCGACCCCCGUGCGCCACUGCAACAACUGCAUGACCAAGCCGCCUCAGUUGGCCAGCUUGGAAACCGAAGGCGUCGCGGAGCCGCUGCCCGGUUUCGAGUUUCUCUCCAAAAUGGACUUCAAGAUCGCGGUCGUGGACCUUGGCGGCGACACGUCCGAAACGUACAAGGUGGACGUGUACUUUGAACCCAACGCCGCGCACGUCAAGGCCCUUGGCGAGACUCUUCGUCCCAGCGACAUCGAAGCCGCCAAGGAAUACGCCAUGACACGCAAGCGCAGCAUUACCGACUUUGAGUGGCUCGCGGCGGCGUUGGGCGAUCGAGUAACUGCCAAGGCGUUACCGAAUUUUCCGGAAAAACGCGUGCCCCGGGGCGCCAAAAAGGGCCAAUCGCUGCAAGUGUUUUUGGCGGGCUGUCUCGUGCAUCCGCUGUACCGGUCCUGCGAUGCGUUGAAGGCGUUCUUCGGGCUCACCAACGAACAGUUCCGCGCGUUCAAGAACGCCGGCGCCAACACCGAGCUCAAGGUCGCGCCCGAGUACACGGACGUGCUCAUGUGGCUGCAGCUCAAGAUGGAACAAGACCAAAUGGAACAGAAGCUCGCGACGUUGGUGCAACGCCGCAAGGAUAACGAAUCACGUGUUUCCAAGCAGCAAGCGCGAAAGAAGGCGUACGAAGGCCGCAAGGUGAACCAGAUGGCGCGCCGGACCAACGCCCAGGCACGGUACGAAGCGUUGGUCGCGCGCAAGGAAAGCCAGUUGGCCCGCCACGGUCGUGAAAAGGACCGGUUGCAGACGCAAAUCGAGUCGGUGAACAUUGUGUUUGACGAUACCAAGGACGACGAAGUGGUCCGCGCCGUGGAGGAAGAAGUGCGGCAAAAGGAAAAAGUCGAGUUUGUCAAGUCCAAGGACGCGUUCCAAACUGACACGACCGAGUGGAACAAGGACAUGGCGUUGUGGAGCCGGCAACGUGCCGACUGGAGUGACCACCACAACCCGCCCGUGUCCAAGCAAAUCGCCAACGAAUGGCUUAUCAAGGCGUUUGGCGUGUUCCAUCGCUUUACGGCCGAAGGCAACACGGCGGCGAUCCCCAAGGAACUGGCCAACUUGCAUGCCAAGGUGGAGCAACUCCAAGACGAAGAACCGUCAUUGCUGGAAAAAGAAGGCCAAUCGUUGGACGACGAGUGGAGCGAACUUAGCAAAGAGCGCGACAACUGGGCGCACGAUCGCUCCAACAUGAAGCGCGAGGACGAAAUGUGCGCCGACGAAGACGUACGGUACAAGCACGAGCACGAACACGUGCGCCAGUACCUCGAGUGCCGCCAGACCAAGAUCAACGGCAUCGAAGCCGACUUGGCGGCUCUGGACAUGGAAAUCAAGUCCCGUGCUAAAACAUACACUCAACGCAAGUUGCGCCACGAAGCGUUGGACAAGGAGUACGAACUCGAGUGGAAGAAGAACCAAGACCUACGCAUGGGGUACACUGCCGAGCGCAUGACAGCCCAUAGCGAGCGCAUCGCCCGCGGCAAGAAGCGCUGCGAAAGCUUGAGCGAGCAGCUGGCCCGUCAGCAAAAGUCGAGCCGCCUUCUCUUGUUCAAGCGGGCUGCGAUGAACGAAGAGCGCGACGCCGACACGACCGUGUUCACCGAGCACAAAGACGGAUGCAAGUCAGCUCUGGACGCGGCCGUGAGCAACUUGGCCAUGGCGCCCGAGUACGUGACCCGCUUGGACUCGGACGUGGACAUCAACAAGCAAGAAACGGACGACAUAUUGGCGUCCAACUACCGCACCCCCAUGGAAGGCGACGUUGUGGACGACCGGGAUCCAUUUAUGAACGACGUGCGUACGCGUCGCCGCGCGUUCCAAGUCGAGUUGGACGCGCAGCAAAACCACUUGGCCGCCGAGUUUGGCGUGUGCGAGUCGCUCCUCCGGCGCAUUUCGGGGUUUAUUACCCGCUUGAACGAAGAAACGGCGAUCGCUGUGACCGAAGACACGCUCAUCGUCGAGUACCAUGCGUUCUUGGACUCGGAGAAGAAGCUCAUUGCUGACGAAGAAGCAUGCCGCGAACAAAAGAAGGCGUACCUGACGUCGCUGCUCACGGACGCCGGCAACUGGGUGUACGACGCCCUGCAUGACCACUCGAAGCGCAAGAAGCGCGAAGCCGACCGCCUCGUCAAGCAAGCGCUGCGCGCGUCCGAGCUACAGCGCCUCGUCCAGCACUUUACGCACCGCGUGAUCGAGCAGGAGGAGCGCAUCAUGCGGCAGAAGCAGCGCAUCCUUCUCGGCGAACACAAGCUCGAGAUGCUCAAGAGCUCCGACUCGUGGUUCUUGCACGUGACCGUGCACACUCCAGACAUUGGCAAGCACGACGCCAAGUGUUUGGAAAUGGCGCGCAAGGAGCGCGAAGACGACAUCCUCCAGGGCGGCAAGCUGCUCGCCGAGGACGACGGCGACACGACGUCUGUGACGGCCGAGCUGGCGAAGUCCAAAGCGUGCGCCGACGAAAAGUCCGUCAAGCGCGACGUGUGGGCGUACGUCGAGGAAGUGUACAACGCAGACAAGCCCCAGGAAAAGGACGAAGACAUGAUGAUGACGUCGCAGAUCCGUGGGCUGGUGGCGCAGUUGGGCGAGACGUUUGAGAUGCUCACGAACCGAUUGGCCGAAGAAGAGGAGAGCUUGGAGCAUGCGCACUCGAUCUUGGUGGGCGAAGUGGAAUCGAUCAAGCACUUUAUGGAGCGCAUCGAGUCGGAAGAGUCGGCGCUCAGUGCCACGGAAAAGAACUCGCUCCAGAAAGAGUCGAACGUGCGCAAGUCGGAAAGCGACCUCGUCGAACAGCGCGCCCGAGCCUUGUCCUCCAACUACAAGUCCAUCGCGUCCGAGCACGCCAAGCUUCCCGUGACCUUUGACACGGUGCGAAAGACCCGCGCGAGCCGCGAAAUCCCCCUCAAGUUGCGCGACGCCGAGCUGGACGUGGCGCGCCGCCUCGUCAAGACCCGCAACUACUACGACAAGAAGGCGUGUGCCGACUUUGCCCGCAAGUUCAUCGGCACCCCCGCUGUGGAACUGAACGAAGUGCGUGAAGUGCUCGACUGGCUCUUGGUCACUGUGGACGGAGACAUCAAGGCCGUGGAGAAGUGGCUCACGUUGAGCAAGGCAGAACGCAAGGAGAUGACGCUGUUGGCGACCAAAGCGAAUGAAAUCGACUGGAGCGCCGACAUGCUGACCAAGAUUCCUGCGUUCAUUGACGUGGAUGCUGUGAUCAAGGAGAAGGGAGUGAGCGCUGUGCAUGCCAAGGAGCAAUGGGUCGUGGAAUUGAUCAACGUCAAGCGUGCGAUUGCGUCCAAAGACAAGGACUUGUGCGCGGUUGUGGACGAGACCGUUGUGAUUGCCAAGAAAGAAGAGGCCAAGGUGUCGUCGUGCCUCGACAAGUUGAAGGCUUCGAAAGAAGAAGUGAUCAACACGUUGCGCAUCAUUGAUCGCGAAGAAGCCAAGGCCGUGCGCAACGGCAAGCCGUACUUGGACGAGUCGGCUUCGACCAGCGGGGCCGCCGCCACCGCCGCGUCCGUUGUCCAAUCCAACCGCAAACCUCGAAACAGCCAGAACCGUGCCACGGAACUGGUGGUUUCGGAACCGACUAUCCCAGAAGAACCGUCUGCCUCCAUCACCGAAGGAGACGAAGCAGCAGCAGAACAACAAACGACCACGGCCGACAGCGAGGCCGCGGCGGUUCCUGCGAAGAACAACACGCCAUCGGCGGUGCCAAGAGAGCAGUCGACCGUGGUGGAGAUGACCCUAUAAACGACUCUGCUGCCUUAAUUGCCACAUUGAAGGCGGACGGAGUCUAAUGAUGGAUUUACAGUAGAUAUAUUAAUGGAAUAACCAGUUGUGUGUGUGUCGAAUGGCUUUGAAAUGAC